UAUAUAGAAAUACUAAUGUCAAUUUUUUUGUGUACAUAAUAAACACAAGUAAUAAAUCGAUAGUAUUAUUUAUAGAUUCAAACAGUAGCUUUUAAAAAAAAUCAUGACUAGCAUACCAUUAAAUACCACUUUUAAAAAAUUAGAUUAUAGUAUUCACAAAUGUUCCAGUUUUUCGACAUCUUAUAGCCCAGAAAAUAUCAAGGAAAAUCGAAGUAAUGAUCAAUCGUCAAGAUGGACAUCAGAUAGUAACAAUCCACCACAAUAUUUAAUAUUAAAAUUACAUCAGCCGGCAAUUGUAAAAACAAUUACAUUUGGUAAAUACGAGCAAACGCAUGUUUGCAAUUUAAAAAAAUUCAAAAUUUUUGGCGGCAUGGAGGAAACCAGUAUGAUGGAGCUUUUAGAAGGUGGUUUAAAAAAUGACAGUAUUCCAGAAACGUUCCCCUUAAGACACACUCUAGGUGAUGGUAAUUUUCCCGUUAAAUAUAUUCAAAUUAUGCCACUUUUAUCAUGGGGCUCAAGCUUUAAUUUUAGUAUAUGGUUUGUGGAAUUAAAUGGUGAAGAUGAUUAUCAUGUAGUCGAUGCGGGAAUUAAACAUUUAAAAAAUUUUAAAGAAAAGGAAAUAAUUCGAUUAUGCCUGAAGCAUUUUCGUGAAAAAAAUUAUACAGUGGCAAUGAAAGCUUUGGAAGGACAAACUGGUAUACAAUUAGAAGAUCCACACAUUACAAGAUUACACGAAAUUUUGGUACAAAAUGGUGAUUUUGUUGGGGCUGAAAAAUUUAUUGAACAAUCAGUACAAGAUGGAUAUUUUCAAAAUUAUGUAAAUAAUCAAGAAUACACUCCUUAUUGGCAACCAGUAAGUCCUGUAAACACAGAUCCCGAUACAAAACCUGGAAUGCGUGGUGGACAUCAAAUGUGUGUGGAUCCUUAUACAGAAACUAUUUAUCUAUUGGGGGGCUGGGAUGGUAAUCAAGAUUUAAGUGAUUUAUGGGCAUAUUCAAUACCAACAAAUAAAUGGACGUUAUUGUGUCGGGAAGCUGAACUUAUGGGUGGACCAACACCGCGUUCAUGCCACAAAAUGUGUUUGGAUACCAAACGACAACAACUUUUUACAUUCGGACGAUAUUUGGAUACUUUGAAUCGAUCACCAGAAUCUUUAAAGAGUGAUUUUUAUAUGUAUGACAUAGAAGCUAAUCGAUGGACACAAAUUACAUCUGAUACGGCUGCAAUGGGUGGCCCACAACUUAUUUACGAUCAUCAAAUGUGUAUGGAUGUAGAAAAUCGUACUUUAUAUAUCUUUGGUGGACGAACUUUAAUGCAAUCUACGAAUGAUAUGGGAGGACAAGUAGAUGCCCCAUAUUCUGGUUUAUUUUCGUAUCAAGUUUCAACAAACACUUGGACACACUUAUUAAGUGAUUUCAGCUAUAUGAGCACACCUGGAAUUCCAGCGAUUCGAUCACGUGUUGGACAUUCGAUGUUAUUUCAUACGGGCACUGGGAAAUUAUAUGUGUUUGGUGGACAACGUAGUAAAGAAUACCUAAAUGAUUUUUUCACAUUCGAUGUGUACACAAAGCAAGUAAUGCAAGAAGGUUGCCGAACGGAUAUUCCUGGUAAUAUUCCACCACCUGGCUUUACGCAACGUGCAACCAUUGACGUUGAACGUAACGAAAUUUAUGUGUUAUCUGGUCUAAGCAAGGAGAAAGAUAAACGUGACGAUAAUAUACAGAAUUCGUUUUGGGUCUAUUAUAUAACUCAACAAAAGUGGAAAUGUAUUUAUAAAAAUGAGAAUUCUGGUGAAAAUUAUUGGCGAAAAAUGCAACAUAUUGAACCAUGUCCACGUUUUGCACAUCAAUUAGUUUACGAUCACGUCAAAAAGGUGCAUUAUUUGUUUGGAGGAAAUCCAGGUAGAAUAGUAUUACCACAAUUACGUUUAGAUGACUUUUGGCAAUUACGUUUAUGUAAACCCACCGCUGCACAUUUACUACAACAAUGUCGACUACACAUACGAAAAUAUCAUUUUCGUGAAAUGGCCCAUACGAAUAGCUUACAAGCGUUAGAAUAUUUACAAACAACACUCUUCGAAGUGAUCGAUCACUCUGACAAACAACAAACCCAAGAGUUUCAAGCGUUAGCCAGUGAGUUAUUUUGUGAUAAUGCACUCAUUAAUAAUUCAACAGGCAUUGAAACGUGCGAAUCGAAUCAAGUGGCAACUGCAACGCUGAAUGAAUUGAAUUCAGGGUAUUUUCAUCGAAGUCAAUUGUUUGAACAAUUAAUGAACUAUUUCCCAGAGAAUAUGAGACAACCCAAAGGAAAUCUAUCAGAAUUACUUCAACUGUGAUAUUACAUUCAUAUUUAUUUUUUUUAAACAAAUUUUUAUUAUGUGCAAAACAAACAAAAAACUUUGUGCGCGAUUUAAACGAUUUACACUUGUCGCUGACGUGUGGUGCUGCUUUAUGUGACUAAAUUUAUACAAAAUACGAGUAAAUUUAUUUUGAAAUGUUACCAUAUUCCUGUGACACGCAGUAAUUAAAAUUAAUGAAAUAUUUAAUAGAUAAAAGGGAAUAAGCAUUUUACAUCAAUGUGGUUAAAUUUUGUUGAUACAACUUGCAAUUUCCUCUCUCAAGACGUGGGUGGACGCGGAUAGAAAAAUAAACCUCAAAAUGAAUUCCGAGGUAAAAAUCUAACGGUGUUAAAUUCCUUGAUUUGGGUGGUCAAUUACCGUCAUUUCAAAAUAAAUUCACUCUGCAACAAAUGGUAUAGAAAGUGGGAUAAUUUAAAAUUUUUUAAGAUUUCUAACACGUUUUUGUAUCAAACUUUCGAAGUGAGGGGUGAAUUAUGAAUUCGAGAAAUUGUGAUAGAUAAUUAAAACAAAAAAAUGAACCUCUUUAAUAACAAAACUGUAUGUAAAUUUAUGGGAAACAUGACGUGAGGUUUAACAAACCCUCGAUUAAAAUUUAAAAUUAUAUAAUUCUCUACGAUUACAUCACAAUAUGAGAAAGGAAUACCGAGCAUUGUCCAAGAUAGUACGAAAAAUACAUCGUAUAAUCGAUGUAUUACACUUCGAAAGUUAUAGGUUAAUAUACCACUAGCUAUGUCCAAAAUGUCCAACAACCAGAAUAUUUCAAAUGGGCCGGUUUUGGAAAAAUUGAUACGUUUUGAUGAAUAUUUUAUUUGACUAGGCCGUACAUAUAUGGUGAAUGUCCCACUUUUGAAACCUAUCAGUGGCUAAUAAUAAAAUAAUGUACUAUUUUUCAUUGUUUUUUUUUUUCUUGUUAUUGCUUUGUGUUUUGCGCAAUAUUUGAUGUUAACUAAUUUUUAAAGUACACUACAAACUCCUUUUGUGAUCAAUUAUUUUUAAUUUAUUGUUUUUAUAUUUUUAUUUCAAUUUUAUUAUAUCUAGGGUCAAUAUUUGAUGAUCAUUUUAGAGCAGCGAGAAAUUUGAGAGGGUCUUCAAGGUUGUAUGUAACAACAAAAAAUCUUCGGCUAUGAAAAUUUUUCUAUUUUAAAACUGUGUCAAAUACUACGUGAGGCCCUAGGACUAAAAUUUCGUAUAAUUUAGUGAAAAAUAUAUAUAGAGAAUUAACAGCAUCUUAAUUUGGGAAUUUUCA